CUGACAAAUACACGCAGUAAAGUGAGUGAACUUAUUUAGAUUCCAUAUCGUGUUGGAUAAAAAUAAAUAACUAAAACAGUUUAGUUUAUAAAAUAAUAAAGUGUUUGUCCUCUUCAAUUGGGCAGCAUAAAUAUAAAAACUUGUGUUAAAGUGUUCCAUAGUGCAUGUUUUUGUUGCCUACGGAGAUGAACAAGGAUUUAGGCGUUUUUUUCUUUAAUAAUUCGGAAAUUCAAUAAUCUUCUAAUGACAGUGGUAAUAACUAGACUAAUAACAGAGUUAUUCAAAGUGUUUCUCUUCCCACUAUUACAAUAGCGGAAACAUGGCUUUUAACAUGAUGAAAGCGUCGGAGAAUAAUAUUAACAAAAAUAUGGGUAACAUUGAUGACUCGGAAAACAAUGCGAAGAUUUCCGAUUCGGCUUACUCUAACAGUUGCAGUAACAGCCAGGCAAGAAGCCGGAGCUCUCACUCGACGCUUUCAGGAAGUCAUUCCAGCGGGAGUAGUGGAUAUGGAGGAAAACCCUCCACUUCUGGAUACAGUAGCAACAACGUAAGUCAAAUUCAACCUCCAGAAAUACGCUGUAAGGUAAAGAAAAAGAAGAAGCAACAAGAAGUAGAUAAUACAGUGAUCCAAGAAGAAAAGCAGGCGGCACCAGAGCCAGAACCUGAAAUAAAACAAAUUGAAGAAAAAGAAAAUGAUGAUACUAGCUCACCUGCCGUGCCGCAAAAAGACGUAUUGCAAGUUGAAAUUAGUGAUACACCGACUACAGAGAGAAAUAAUUCAAAGGAAAAAAAAGAAAAGACAAGUACGUGCAAUAUCCCGAUACAAACACCAAUAAAAACAUUGUUGGUCAAUAGUGAUGGCUUUUCGUGUGUGAUAUCUAUGCAAGACGGAGUGGUUAUGUACACAACAAAUUCCCUUACAAACACAUUGGGUUUCCCAAGUGAUAUGUGGAUCGGACGGUCCUUCAUUGACUUCGUACAUCCUAGGGACCGGAACACGUUCGCAUCACAAAUAACGAACAGUGUUGCUAUGCCAGAAAUUUUAAAUGGUUCUCAUAACAAAACAAGCAUAAAACUUUCUUUUUGUAAAGGUAGCACACUUUCCACUAUGGUGUGUCGUAUUCGCAAAUACCGUGGACUGGGAGGUGGAUACGGUGUAAAGAAUAAAAUGGUUUCAUUUUUGCCAUUCUUACUUAAACUAUCCUUUAGAAAUAUAACUGAUGAGGAAGGCGAGGUUAUAUAUUUACUUCUGCAGGCAACGCCGUUUUUUCCAGCUUUUAAAGUCCCUAAUGAAAUUAUAUCGAAACCUAUCCCGUUCAUUAUAAGGCACGCGGCAAAUGGUAAUAUAACGUACAUAGAUCCUGAAUCUGUGCCGUACUUGGGAUAUUCACCUCAAGAUAUGUUAAAUAUGGACGCACUUCAUCUAUACCAUCCACACGACCUUGCAUAUUUAAGACAAGUGUACGAAACUAUUGUUAAAGAGGGCGGUGUGCUGAGAUCAAAACCAUAUAGAAUGAUGACUCAAAACGGUGACUAUGUUAAACUCCAAACCGCAUGGUCGUCAUUUAUAAACCCGUGGUCUAGAAAAUUGGAAUUCGUUAUUGGAAAACAUAUGCUGAUUGAAGGUCCAACUAAUCCUGAUGUAUUUCAAUGUACAGAAAAAUCUAUGAAAUUGACUGAAGAAGAGAAGAAAAUAGCACAAACCAUGAGAGAAAGCAUAAUUAGGAUCAUGAAUAAGAUAUUAACAAAGCCAGCUGAAGCGGCGAAGCAACAAAUGAGCAAACGUUGCCAAGAUUUAGCCUCGUUCAUGGAGAGUCUAAUGGAAGAAGCCCCAAAGAACGACGAAGACAUCUCGGUUGAUAUUAAGGAGCCUGAUAUCGCCUAUUACGAUUUUUCGGUUCAGGAGCAUGAUUCCGUAAUGCUUGGUGGAAUUUCCCCUCACCGCGAUUAUCAAGAGAGCAAGUCCAGUAAUGAAACACAAAUAAGUUACAACCAACUUAAUUACAGCGACACUUUGCAACGGUACUUUAACAGCUAUUUAGUAUCAUCGGAAUGUAAUAAACAUGGAAAUUUUGAUUCUGGAGCUCAACAGUCGCUGUCUGAGGGAAAGUCUGUCGGGCAAUUAUCGCCAAUGGAUCUGGUCGAUUCUGGUGAUAUGACCAGUUCGUGUGAUUCGAGCGCAGCCCAAUUGCCAAAUACUACUAGUGACGCCCUGGGAAGCUACACAAACAUCAGAUUGACUGAGACUGCGUUAAACAAGCAUAACGCGAUCAUGGAGAAAGAGUUAAUGAAGACGCAUAGGGAGAUCAAAUUGAUACAGAAAGAUGAAAGAAAGAAGUCUUCGAAGGAAUGCAGGCUUAAAAAGAAGGAACAUCUUGAGCGUUGUAAUGCGUCUUUCUUGUCCACUUCUGCUAGGAUAUCUACAGUUGAAUCUGAGUCUGCUUGCCUGAAGCGUUCGUCUAAGCAAUCAGAAAAUGCUAACAUCAAGCAGCGGUGUGAUACGGUGAAGUUGCCAAGACGGCACAAAAAUACGGACGACGUUCUGCCUUCAACCUCACACACCAAUACCAUUAGUAAGUUUUUAUCGCCUCAAAUGAUUCCCGCUGUGAACAACAUGAGUUCAUACUGUCUUGGUAUACCUCAACAGAUGCCUUUAGUGAACCCUACAGUUACAGGCAUGGUUCCCGUUUGCUACGUGCCUGCAACUUCACAGCAAAUGUCUGGUGACGGAACGAUACACAAACCUAAUCAAGACACCGUCGAUCAGGCAUAUGCUAUGCCUUGUGUUAUGUAUGGGCAGCCGGUUUAUAGUACCCCGUUAAUGUAUUCGGCGUUAAACCCACAAAUGCAACAAAUGCAGAACAUACAACAGAUUCAGCAUUUACAACAAAUGCAACACAUGCAUCAAAUGCAACAAAUGCAACAGAUGCAACAGAUACAGCAAGGAUUUAUGGUACAAACCUAUGAUACAGCGGCAAUGAGAAAUGCAAUGCUUGGACUGCCUAGCACUAAUUAUCAGGAGGCUUGUAAACUCACUUUUCCAACGGAGAGCAAGUCGAUCCCUACAGCAGUACCGAAAAAGAAACAGGAAGAACACAUUGUAGAAUCAAAAAAAAAAGGAAGUGGCGCCACUCAUCCAUCAGUUGCUGUUUCCCAGGUGACUACAAAUAUAAACGAAAGCAAAAGCAAGACAAAGAGUGAAGAUCGAAUCGAAAAAACUGAUGAGGAGUCAAGCUAUUCCUCGUUCUAUUCCAACUUCUUUAAAAGCGAAUCAGGAAGUGCAGAAGACAUUGAUCUUAAAAAGCGUUGGACAGGCGCAUCCAGUUCCAUUGAAAAUGCAAAAGAUGCUGUCAAGACGCCGAGACGAAAGAUGGAACCUCCCUGGAUGGAGCAAGUGUGUGUGACGUCUGAACUUAUUUACCAAUACCAAAUGUUACCUAAAAAUAUGAAUGAAGUGCUGUCACGUGACCAAGAGCUAUUACAACAGAUAGAACAGCCUUCAUUAGUAAACGACCAAUUGGGGCAGUUAUAUAUAGAUCUUCAGCUUGAGGGUGUUGCGACAAAGCUCACUCUAGACGAAGGCAUUACGAGUUCGAGCAGUUCUGGCGACGAAAACUUUGUCGGACAAGCUAAAGUACAGGUGCGCCGACGUAAACGUGAAUAUAGCAAGCUGGUCAUGAUAUAUGAAGAGGAUGCACCUCUUCCACCACCUGAUCAAUCAGAGAGUUCCACAUCGUAAUCUAAGCCCUAAAUUUAAAAAGUCUAUAUAUUACGUAAUAGGUACUCAAAAUGUAAUUGUAAGGCGUUAUAACUGUGUAUGUAAGUGUUUUAACUGUGUCCAUUUAUGUCAUUGAUACGCAAAGCUAAACAAAUUCAAUAAAUUAAUGCGUCUUUUAUUUCAAAAAAAUUAAUUGCAUUAUACUCUUAAAUUAAGUGAAAUCGAAUAUAUGAAAUUUGUAAUGUGUACAGAAAACACUUCAAUUGGUCAACGUUAUCUUUUAUAGUGAUGUAAGGAUAUAACUUAAUGUUUUAUAUAUAGAAUUAAAUGCCGUUAUUUAACGAACAAUUUAUUACUAUGUAAAUAUCGUUCAAAAUCGUAUAUAGAUGUUGUAGUACUAGUACGAUAAUUUUAUCUCAACAUUAUUUAGGUUAAAAUUUAUAUAGAGAUUUAUGCAAUUGCCCAGUUUCAGAUGAACAUACCUGACAUUGCCAACACAAUUAUAUACAAAUAUGUUAUAAAGAAUUUUACGUUUUAAACGGUGUUGCCAACCAAAAUAAUUUUAAGCAUAAACUAACAUGAAAACUCUUUUACUACAUCAAUUCCAAUUUCUCGAGGGGAGUUUAAAGCCAAAAUGGCGACAGAUUUCGUCCAAAUUUUAAAAUUUUGUUUUUUCCACUUAAUUUGGUAAAUAUUGAUCGUACAUAGAUACAUUGUACAUAUAAAUGUGAGUAGUGAUUGGUUAAGUAUGAGAGUUUAUUGUAUUUAUACAAAAUUAUAUUAUUUACAUAAAAUGGGAUAUAUUUUAUUUUAUAAUAGCAUCAAAGUUAAAUUAUUUAUAUACUA